CAAUUAUUUAUCAAUGAAUAGCCAAUCAUUUAAUUAGGAGUAUUAUAUUAUCUGUCAAUCAUCAAGAAAAUCAGUACAGCUCUCCAAACGGACAAAAGGCAAACGUGUGGGUAGAAACACAGGAAAAGUAGAAGAUGAUCACUGGGAUUCUGCUAUGUGUUCAAUCUUGAUCUGUUGCAGUCAAUCAGUUUGACUUGUCUCAUCCUAUUUUUUUUUUGUCUAUGCAUCGAUUUUCUGUACCUCACAUGCAUCUCACGUGCUUUUAUUAAUAUAAUAUCAUGGAUAUAAAUUACAACGAAGAAUGGCUGGAGAUAGGUAGGUAGGUAGGAUUUCGGAAAACGGAAUAUUCAUAUUUAUUGCAGAAUGGAGUGACAGCCAAUCUGAGAAGAAAUUGAAACUAUGGCGGCGGGUUUCGGAAUCGCCGCCGGAGAUUACAAGCAGUACAACGGAGGAAUCACAUUUUUUCUGCUCUUAUCAUGCCUGGUUGCCGCCAUGGGAGGUUUCAUCUUCGGCUACGACAUCGGAGUUUCAGGCGGAGUGACGUCGAUGGAGGCGUUCCUGGAAAAAUUCUUCCCCGGAGUUCAAAGCAGAAUGAAACAGGACACAAGGAUUAGCAACUACUGCAAAUUCGACAGUCAACUGUUGACUUUAUUCACAUCAUCUCUCUACCUCGCCGGUCUCGUUACUUCCUUCUUUGCUUCCUGGAUCACCGACGCAUUUGGUCGAAAACCUUCCAUGCUUGCCGGUGGAUCCGCCUUUCUCGCCGGAGCAGCCCUCAACGGCGCCGCCUUCAACAUCUACAUGCUCAUCCUCGGCAGAAUCUUCCUCGGGAUCGGCGUCGGUUUCACUAACCAGGCGGUGCCGUUGUAUCUUUCGGAAUUGGCUUUACCGAAACACAGAGGAGCAAUUAGCAACGGCUUUCAAUUCAGCUUGGGCAUCGGUUUCUUCGCGGCAAAUAUAGUUAACUACGGUACGGAAAAGAUUACCGGAGGUUGGGGGUGGCGAGUUUCGUUAGCCAUGGCUGCAGUUCCAGCUUCAGCUCUGACCCUAGGUGCAAUAUUUCUCCCAGAAACACCAAACAGCUUCAUCCAACGAAGCAACGACCACGAAACGGCUCGAAGGAUGCUGCAAAAAAUCAGAGGCACAAACGAUGUUCAGUCCGAACUAGAAGAUCUCAUCGAAGCAAGCGAUGCCUCGAAAAAAAUCAAGAAUCCUUACAAGAACAUCCUGAGACGAAAUUACAGGCCUCAACUUGUAAUGUCUGUCGCGAUCCCGUUUUUCCAGAUAAUGACGGGAAUCAAUGUGGUGGGAUUCUACGCUCCGAUUCUUUUUCGAACAAUCGGAUUGGGCGAGAGCGCGUCGCUCUUGUCUUCUGUGAUAACGGGAGUUGUGGGGUCCAGUACAACAUUUAUAGCAAUGGUGGUUGUGGAUAGAGUCGGGAGAAGGUUUCUUUUGCUCCUCGGUGGGGUAUUAAUGUUUUUCCCUCAAAUUCUCGUUGGAGGAAUAAUGGCGGUUAAAUUAGGUGAUCAAGGUGGAUUGAGCAAAGAGUAUUCUUAUGCUGUGCUGGCGUUGAUUAGCUUGUAUAUUGCGGGAUUUGGGGUUUCGUGGGGCCCGCUUGGGUGGUUGAUUCCGAGCGAGAUUUUUCCGAUGGAGAUUCGAUCGGCCGGACAGAGUGUUACCGUGGCGGUGAAUUUUUUGUUCACUUUCGUGGUCGGACAGACGUUUUUGUCGAUGCUGUGCCAUUUCAAGGCGGGGCUUUUCUUCUUCUUUGGCGGGUGGGCGGCGGUGAUGACCGUGUUUGUCUACUUUUUAUUGCCGGAGACGAAGAAUAUACCUAUUGAGCAAAUGGAUGGGAUUUGGAGAGAGCAUUGGUUUUGGAAGAGAUUUGUGGGUGGUGAUAAUAAGAAAGUGAUGAUCAAGAUGGAUGAAAUUUAGUGAUAUGAGAUAGUACAUUGUUUCUUGAUGUAAAAUGUAUUGACGAAAAUGUGGAUAAAUUCGAAAACACGUUACGAAACAAAAUUAAAUAAAACACAAAAUUAGCAACAA